ACCUGUGAAGCAAUCUUCCCGCGAGAGCUGACUAUCCGGCCAGGGGCUGCCUAUAAAUGUUGGACACACAGGGUGCUGUCAAACCCCGUUGUGUGGCUCCUUGGCAGACAAGAGUGCAGGAAGAUGGCGGACCAGCUGUCACAGAUGGAAUGCAGCAUUGAGACCAUCAUCAACAUCUUCCACCAGUACUCUGUGCGGCUGGGGCACCCGGACAAACUCAACCAGAAAGAAAUGAAACAGCUGGUGAAAAAAGAGCUGCCGAACUUCCUCAAGAAGCAGAAGAAAAAUGACAAUGCCAUAAACAAGAUCAUGGAGGACCUGGACACAAAUGGAGACAAGGAGCUGAACUUCGAGGAGUUCUCCAUCCUGGUGGGCAGGCUGACGGUAGCCUCCCAUGAGGAAAUGCAUAAGAAUGCCCCUGAAGGAGAAGGCCACAGCCAUGGGCCAGGCUUUGGGGAAGGUGGCCAGAGCCACUGCCAUAGCCACGGUGGCCACGGCCAUAGCCAUGGUGGCCAUGGCCACAGCCACUAAUCAGGAGACCAGGACACCCUUCCCCCACCCAACCAGGGUCACAGGGUGGCCAUGCCAAACUGCCUUAGCUGGGGGACUGGGAACAGGGAGCAAAAUAAAGUCUUCCUCCAAGCCAGCGCUCUGCGUGCUUCUUCCAACUCCCCCUUCCCAACCUAUCCUUCUGGGGGCCUGGGUGUUACAGCCUAUCUUUCUGGGGCCCUGCCCCUUAACUGGGGCUCAACCCCUUCAUUUGGUAAUAACAGAGUGAGAAAUCAUGAUAAUGUGGGUCUGUUCUGAGCCCCUUGGGCUCACUGCCCUAUUUCCUCACCUCUAACCUCAGGCCCCAUGACUCAGUCCCAGUCACCCCACUCCAGCUCAAGACUUCCCUGUACUGCCUGUCAAAUUGGCCCUUGUCUCCAUAGAAAACAAAAGGGGGUAUCCCUUCCCCUCAACAUGCCAGCCACCCCCUACCCAGCCCUGUCUGCCUCCUUCCCCCAGUACUGUCCAACAUCUUCCACAACCAUCUGUCUCCUAAGAGAAACUUAUUUCUCUGGAAGUUGUCCAGAGGUGUACCUAGGAGCCAUAUCUGGGGAGGAAUACUGUAUUGGGUGUAUUUACCCACAAAUUAGGUUUUGAAUCAAUCCAUGGGAGCAAAUCAGUGUCUCUUCAUAGACCUAGCAUCCUCAUCAUGGAUGGACACUGAGGCAGGUGCAGGCAUGGAUGAGAGUAGGGGAGUCUGGCCCCGUGCCCACCCAGUCCCAAAAGGAUGGAGAGAGGGAACUCCUGCCUGCUUAUUGGAAGAAUGAGUUCCAAUCAUGGCGCUGCAGCUAUAAGGCUUAACCACCACCAUGAGGAAGCUGGACUCUGGGUCCAGGGAGCCAAUUGGGCCUGAGGAUUUUGAUUCUAAGCCUUAAGGCUCCCUUUGGUGACUGAGGCUCCUGCAGUCCCUGGUUAGUGGCUGAGAGUCCAGCCCAGCAGGGCAUUUGUUUCCAGACACAAACACAGCAACCGGGCUUGGCUCGCAGCUUCCCCACGAAGCAGCCUCCAUGCCCAACCUCUCAUUUCAGAGACUUCCAGAUGACUCCUCUGACACCUGUGGCCUGAGUGCUUCACCAUGAAGUCCCUUUCCCAGGUUACCACCAGGCUGGGGUUGGCCUUCUGAAAACCAGAGCCCAUAUCAGGGUGUGUGCCCUGCCCUGUCCUUCCAGCAGAGAGAACGCUCCAAGAGAUCUAGGAUUUGGAGAGCUGGAAAGAGAUUGGCAGUCAUCUAUCUCCAAAAAUGAAAGGAGUGAGACAGAGAGUGGAGAAGAGACCAA